GUGAUUUUUAUCCUCCCUCCCUCCCUCCCUCCCUCCCUCCCUCCCUGCCUUCCUUCCUAGCAUAUACUCCUGGGAUGUGAGCUGGGGGUUAACUGAGUCUGCAACCUGAGAUAGAGCUUUUGGUAAGGUCUGAGGUUUCCCCUCCCCUUUUCGCGAGAUGGUUGCUCCCAUAUCGCACGGAAGUGCUUGUGGUCCGGUCCCGGGGUUGAACAGGUGGCGGGACAUGGAGCUUCGGGGUCCUGUCGGCAGCCCUAGAAGAGCACCGGCUUCCGCCGAACCGGCUCAGACCUCGGUGACCCUGGCGCAGCUCCUGCAGCUGGUCCAGGAGGGCCAGGAGCUGCCGGGUCUGGAGAAACGCCACAUCACUGCCACCCACAGCGAACCGACGGCGUCGCAGCUUCCGCGGAGGCCCAAGCCCUGGGAGGACUCAAGCUCGGCCGCAUCGUCCCGCACCACUAACCUAGAUUCGUGCACGCAGUCCCAGACCGUGGGGGAGCCGGUCCCGGGCAGCCCAGCGGGUUCCUGAGCUCCAGGGCUUUCGGAGCCGAGAUCCUGAGGGCGUGACUGGCUCCUGCACGAACCUGAAGAUCUGGACAGCUGCCUCCUUUACUCAUCUUUAUGCUUCUGCUCUGACCUGUCUCAGCCGGACCCAGUCUUCCCGGGAGACUGAAUGCUGCCCAGGAAUUUUGGUUUGGACGCUGAAUCUCAACUGCAUACCAUGUUCUGUGUAAUUGAAACAAGUCUAUUUUACCACCUGCUCACAGUAACGGGCCACCUUCUGAUGGUACUGAUAAAGUAAACCAGAGAGCCAAGUCAUUUCUAA